AUGUAUGGACUUAAUCUCGCGUUUUCAGGCAAAAAAAGGACAAUAUUGUUCAGUGAGGAGUCAAGCUACCCAGAACACACCCAGGACCCGAAAGAGAUACACCAACAAGGUGUCAUUACCGCCAUUCAUGCAACUGAUCUCACUCUUGGUCUCCAAUGUAUCCCCGCUGGCUUCCAUGCAGUGAUAAAGACUGACGGUGCUGAAUGCCAGACGAGCAACAAACCUGUACACGUAGAUCAGGCUGUCGUCAAAUGGACCGAGCCCAUACUUCUGUAUGUUGUCCCUGAUCUCAUCUUUCCUGCACGUAUUGAAAAGGACUCUAGGCCGUGCGAUCUAUCUUCUAAAGUCCGGGUCAGCGUGUAUGCCUCAUUUGAAUUGGGUCCGAUGCUCGGUCAUGGAGAAGUCCUCCGCACAUUCGAGAUCUCCGUCUGA